AUGCCUAUGACGGAAGGCCCUCUGUAUGACAAUGCUUCAAGGGUUGGUGAGCAGUUAUAUGACGACUUUAGCUUGAUACAGGGACUUGAAGAUCCACAUGCCUCUGAUCUAGGUGGAGGAGAUCAUGGUAUUAUGGAUGAGCUGAUGCUCAGUAUUUAUGAGGGGCAGGGAUUGUCUCAUAUAGAGCCAAAUCCUGCUCCGGGUCCUCCGUCUCUCGACAACCACCCAUCUUUGACUUCUCAGUUAUGUGGUCUUACCGGUGAUAUGGAUCCCUAUGUACUACGACACUAUCGCUUCGACGCAAGGGCAGAGUUUCCAUUCUCCAAGCUUGCUAUACGGUCAGCACAAGAUGUAGAGGUGCCAGUGCAAUUUUUGUUGUCGAAGCCCGAGUUGAGCUACGAAUCAAAGGCCAUAACUAGCCUGGAAGGACCAUUUACCAGGGAGGGGUUGCCCGAACUAUCACAGAUUGUUACUCCAGAUAUUGGGGAACGAUUGAUCCAAUUGUUUUCACGUUUCGUUAACCGGCAGUUUCCUAUCUUUUCUGAGGAUAGGUUGCCAGAGCCCCGAGCCACGUCAUCACAUCUCCUAGCGGCGAUAUACUUGAUCGCUCAGCCUUUUACGACGUUUGAUGAUUACUUAUGUAUCGAGUUCGUAUACAGUCCUCCGUCGCCACAGGUCUUAUUUAGGAUCGCGUGGAGCGAACUCAAUAAUGCUUUAUCCCAACCUACUAUUCAGUCUUUGCAAGCAGCGCUCAUCCUCCUAUUACACCCGCCUUUAAAUCCUUUAUUGCUUGACAGUACAGUCAAGUGGACGCUUCUCGGUAUGACUGUCUCGAUGGCACAAACACUCGGGCUGCAUCUGGAUCCUACUAUGUGGAACUUACCAUCAAAUGAGAUCCGUACCCGUCGUCGUCUAUCGUGGGUGGUAUUUGCUCUAGACAAGUGGUUUGCUUUUAGCUUUGGCAGACCAAGCCACAUCUCAAGAAAUGAUUGGCUCAUCACUGAAUUGCAUCCGAGUGACAUUGAUUCGGAAGACCGUACCUGUGGUUCUCAUUUGUAUACACUUGAGUUCUCAAAGCUCACCACAAUACUGGACAAUGUCCUAACAAAUCUUUAUUCGAUACGUUCAUUGUCCGCUCUCUCCAAGGACUUUCGUUUGACAAUUUCUACCGCUCGUCCUCUUAUGCAAGACCUCACAACAUGGCAUACUAGCCUACCCUUAUCCUUAGCCAUGGAAUCGACGCCUGAGUGUAAACAAACAUUAGAUGAUUCAGCAUCUCUCCACAUCGCCUAUCAAUCCGUAAAGGUCCUAAUCCUCCGCGCACUACUCCGCCCCUUCAAUAUUGUGGAUCAUCAUUCCUCCGAGCUAGAGCAAAAUGAAGAGUGGCACACCGCACGAUCGCAGAUUCGUACGACAGCGUCAGCCGAGGCAGAUGCAGCCCUGAGCAUUAUAUCAAAUCUACGACCAGCACACUAUCAGACAUUCUGGGCACCUUGGUUGAAAACAGCAUUUGCCUGCUUAAUGAACCUUAUAUUCCUGCUAACGGUCAUCGCCCACGAAGGCACGGAUUCUGGGGAAGAAUACAGGCAGCAAAGGGAGACCCUUGAUCGGGCGAGAACGGUAUUUCGUUUGCAUGCGAAAAGUCUCGAUAUCAUCCGAUUUGCCCUUUUACGUAUCGAUGCGGUGUUUUGGAUCGGAUGGGAGAGGGUGUUGGGCUUCCCUUGA